CAACUUUAGUUCGACCAAAAAGAAGAAAACACGUUAAACUUGACGUGGACGAAAGCAGCUGGCCUAUUUUAGAAAGAAGUUCAGCGGCACAAUGUGUAAAAGAUUUAAUUCUACUGUAUAAUAAGUGAUUAAUCGUGGUGAAAUUUAGGGGGCUGAUGUUAAAUUAGUAAAAUAACAUGGCCUUAAAACACAAAAUGUAUGGAGUGUGGAGUUUGGUAGUGCUGGCAGCGCUGUGGAGUCCGUCUGCGGACGGUGCUGCGGUGAUAUCUAUCGAUUUGGGUUCGGAAUGGUUGAAAGUCGGGAUCGUGUCACCGGGGGUGCCGAUGGAGAUAGUGUUGAACAAGGAGUCGAAGAGGAAAACGCCGGCGGUCGUGGCGUUCAGAGAUGGCGUGCGGACGUUCGGAGAAGACGCCGUGACUGUCGGCGUGAGGUUCCCGAAGAAUUCUUAUAAGUACCUUCUGGAUCUUCUUGGGAAGUCGUUUGAUCACCCGCUCGUGCAGGCUUACAAGGAGCGCUUCCCCUAUUACGAGAUUGUGGAGUCAGCGAGAGGGACUCCUGAGUUUGUCCAUGAUGAGAACACAAGGUUCACACCCGAGGAGCUGGUCGCUCAGUUCUUGGCUAAGGCUAAGGACUUUGCUGAGAUCAAUCACGGCCAACAAAUCAGCGAAUGUGUCAUAUCGGUACCUGGCUACUUUAACCAGGCGGAGCGGCGAGCCAUGAAGGAGGCGGCCGGUUUGGCGGGACUUACUGUCUUACAGUUGAUCAAUGACUACACAGCUAUUGGUAUCAACUAUGGAAUCUUCAGAAGGAAGGAAAUCAACGAGACUCCAUGGCAGGCGCUGUUCUUCGACAUGGGUGCGGGCUCCACCAAGGCGGCGCUCGUCGAGUACAAGAACGUGAAGGUCAAGGACCGCGGCCUAGUGGAGACUGUGCCGCAAAUGCAAGUUUUAGGCGUUGCUUACGACAGAACCCUCGGUGGUUUCGAGAUCACCCUCCGCCUUCGCGAGCACCUCAUCAAGGCGUGGAAGGCCCAGGGCGGCGGCGAUGUGCGGGCCUCGCCUAGGGCCAUGGAGAAACUUCUCCUCGAGGCCGAGAGGCUCAAGAUAGUGUUAUCGGCGAAUACUGAGCAUUACGCGCAGAUUGAGAGCUUGCUGGAUGACAAGGACUUUAAACACUUGGUAUCCCGAGCGGAGCUAGACGAGCUAUGCGCCGACCUGUGGCCGCGCGUGUCGUCCGUGCUGUCCCGCGCGGCGGCGGCGGGCGGCGCGAGCAGCGCGGCGCGGCUCGUGCUGGCCGGCGGCGCGGCGAGGGUGCCCGCCGUGCUGGCCGCGCUCAAGGACCAGGGCUACGAGCCCAGCCGCUCCAUCAACGCCGACGAGGCCGUCGCCAUGGGAGCCGUCUACAGGGCCGCAUCCCUGGCCACGGGCUACAAGGUGGCGCCGCUGAACGUGAAGGACGCGGUGCUGCUGCCCGUGCAGGUCGUGUUCACGCGCCACGUCGACGGGACUGACAAGCUGAUCAAGAGAACCCUCUUCAGCCCAAUGAACCCCUACCCUCAGAAGAAGGUCAUCACCUUCAACAAGCACACCGAUGAUUUCUCCUUCAACGUCAACUACGCCGAACUCGACCACAUCCCGCCCUCCGAGCUCCCCAAACUCGGCUCGCUCAACCUCACACAAGUCGUCCUGAGCGGAGUAGGCGCGGCCCUGAACAAACACACGGGCGACAACGUCGAACACAAGGGCAUCAAGGCACACUUCAACAUGGACGACUCCGGGAUCCUCAGUCUAGUCAACGUGGAAUUCGUAGCAGAAAAAACAGUUACAGAAGAGGAUAAAGACAGCACUCUCUCUAAACUGGGCAGCACCAUCAGCAAGCUCUUCGGCUCCGACGAGGCUGAGAAGACGGAAGAGACAGAAAACGCACCGGAAGCGGAAAAGAAUGACACUGCCAAUGCUAAUGAGGCUGGAGACAAGAAUGCUACAGAACCUGAAGCUAAACCUAAACCGAAAAUCGUUGUUCUUAAAGAACCUAUCAAAACUGAUGAACAAGUUCUAGUCCUUCAACCACUGUCUCAAGAACAGUUCAAAGCUUCGAAAGCUAAAAUAUCUGAGCUGGAUGCUAUAGACAGGAAACGAGCUGAAAGGGAAUCCGCACUGAACAGUUUAGAGGCGUUUGUCGUUGACGCCCAGAUGAAAAUGGACAUGGAAGACUUUGCAGAAUGUGGUACCCCUGAACAGAUCGAGGAAGUCAAGAAGUUAUGUUCUGAAACUUCUGAAUGGCUUUAUGAAGACGGUUACGAAGCUCCGACAGAACUCUAUGAGGAGAAACUAGCUUUGAUCAAGGAGAAAACUAAUCCAAUCUUCUAUAAGCAUUGGGAGCACAGAGAAAGGCCUGACGCGAUUGCCGCUCUGCGCAGCAUGCUCAACACUUCCAAUGAAUUCUUGAAAUCUGCAAAGAAUUUCACUCAAGAAGUCAACCCAGAGAAAGACAUGUUCACUCAGGUCGAAAUCACAGUUUUAGAAAAGAAAAUAGAGGAAACUCAAGCGUGGCUGGACAAAUCUAUCAAAGAACAGAACGCAUUGAAAAAGAAUGAGGAGAUUAAGCUGACUAUUGAUAGCAUAAGAGAGAAGAUGGGCGGUUUGGACAGAGAAGUUAAGUAUCUAGUGAAUAAAAUGAAGAUUUGGAGGCCUAAGAAGCCAAUUAAGAAGGAGAACAAAACUGAGGAAACUAUAGAAGUUACAGAUGAAAUAAAAGAAGGGAAAGUGGAGGAAAGUGUAGAAAAGCCAGUGGUAGAGGAGAAUCAAGAAGAGGAGAUUAAAGAAAAGGUAGAAGCGACGGAAGCGCCGCAGUUAGGUGAUGGCAAAGACGAACAUUCCGAGUUAUAAUAGUGAGGUUUUAAAUUUAGUCUUAUUUAUUUUUUACCUCCAAGUCCUGGGACUUGUUCGCUUUUCGUAUUACACCUUGAACU